AUGGCACCAAAAGCCCAACGUGUAGUUGUCGAGCGCUCCGGCCGUCGCCCCGCUCAACCAAAAGGUUAUUUCGCAAGCACGUAUACUGCGUUGACGGCGCCGGAAAAUGCAAGUGUGGUUAGGAUUUGUAAAGAGUUAUUAAGGUUGGUGAAGGAGAUGAGAAUGGUAUGGGAAUGGAAUGUCGAUUUGUGGAAUCGAAGGGAAAAGCAGAAGAGUGAUGAUGAUGAGCGAGGGGAUCCCUUUAAUGACGACAACAAUGUACAAUGGAUUAGGUCGCAGAUGAAUACAGCAGUCAGUGGAGGAAAUGUAUGA